AUCACAUUUUCUAUAUUAUUUUUCUUCUAUCUCUUUUGUGCGUCAACGUAAUCCGAUCUUCAUACAGCCAUAGAUCUUUAAGAACUCAAUUCAACUCAAAAACGGCGCACACACGCGUGUCGUUUAUACCAUCUCCGUACGUGUCGUUUCCAUCUCCAAUUCCCCUUUUCAUAACAACUAGGUUUUUAUUGUCCCAAAAAAAAUAUUGGCAGUGAUAAAAUCGGUUUUGUAUAUGACAAAUUUGACAAAUUCUGAUCCAAGAUCAAGUUUUUAGUCGAAUUCAUAUUCUGGGUCAGUGAAAUAUUAUAGAUUUAGAUUAUGGGUGCUAAUUUUUCUUCAUGUGUAUGUGAUGGUGAUUCUACUUCAAUGAGACCAAGACUUGGUGAUAUACCUGAGAGUUGUGUAGCAUUGGUUUUGAUGUAUUUGGAUCCACCAGAUAUAUGUAUGUUAGCACGAUUGAAUAGAGCAUUUCGUGAUGCUUCUUUUGCUGAUUUUGUUUGGGAAUCGAAGUUGCCUUUGAAUUAUAAGUUCAUCGUGGGUAAAGCUAUGGAGGAUGAUGAUGAUGCUUCUGUUGCUGAAUUGGGGAAGAGGGAUAUUUAUGCAAGACUUUGCAAUCAUAAUUUGUUUGAUAAUGGAACUAAGGAAAUUUGGCUAGAUAAGAGGACUGGUGGAGUUUGCUUGGCAAUUUCUUCGAAAGCGUUAAGGAUUACGGGGAUAGAUGAUCGCAGAUAUUGGAAUCACAUUUCGACCGAAGAGUCAAGGUUCCAUACAGUUGCUUAUCUUCAACAAAUAUGGUGGCUUGAAGUGGAAGGAGAUAUUGAUUUCCAAUUUCCACAAGGGACAUACAGUGUGUUCUUCAAACUUCACCUUGGCAGGUCAUCCAAAAAGCUCGGUCGUCGAGUUUGCAAGACGGAGCACAUCCAUGGCUGGGCUGCAAAACCUGUAAAGUUUCAGCUGAUGACUUCUGACGGUCAACGUGUCAUAUCCCAUGCUCAUUUGGAUAAUCCAGGACAAUGGAUCCUCUACCAUGUAGGAGACUUUGUUUCAAAUAAUUCGGACGAUUUGAUGAAGAUCAAGUUUUCAUUGACUCAAAUAGAUUGCACUCAUACAAAAGGUGGUUUGUGUGUAGACUCUGUGCUUAUAUGCAAUAGUGGUGAGGUAAGAAAAGAAAUAUAAAUUAUUUUUUGUUGGUAGAAAAAUUGAGUCAUCCAAGUCGAAUUAGCGAUUUUGGUUUCUGAGAAGCUCAUAAAAAGCUUCCCAAUGUAUAUGUUUUGUUUCUUUGAUAAGAUAAUGUUUCAAAGUGUGACUUGUGGAUUUCUAUUGUUGAUAUUGGGAAUUGAUUGUUGUGUUUUCUCAAAGAAUGGAUUGGUUCAUGUGUUUCUCCUUCAUUCUC